CCUGCAGCUCCAGAUUUUCGAGGUGAUCCUGGGUGUGUAGAGAAAGUUGCAAAAUCUGGAUUAGAUGUUUUUGCUCAUAACAUUGAAACCGUUGAAGAGCUUCAGAGUGUAGUACGAGAUCAUCGUGCUAACUUCAAGCAGUCCAUGGACGUUCUGAAGAUGGCCAAGGAGUAUGCCCCUGCUGGGACAUUGACAAAGACUUCAAUAAUGUUGGGCUGUGGGGAAACCCCUGAACAAGUUGUUAGAACAAUGGAAAAAGUGCGUGCGGCGGGUGUUGAUGUAAUGACAUUUGGCCAGUACAUGAGACCAUCAAAGCGUCACAUGCCUGUUACUGAAUACAUAACCCCCGAAGCCUUUGAGAAUUAUCAAGUUUUCGGCACACAAAUGGGAUUUCGAUAUGUGGCUUCUGGCCCCAUGGUUAGGUCAUCCUACAAGGCAGGGGAAUUCUAUAUUAAAUCCAUGAUAGAAUCUGAUCGUGCAGCAUCGUCGUCUUAGUUUCUGGUUUUGAGAUGAUUUUGUACCACAAACAUGAUGUUCACACAACAUUUUUUGAGAUUGGAAAGCUUAGUUAGCCAUCUGACUCUUGUUUUCUGUUGGCCAUGUUUCCUCUUAA